UAAACAAAACCAAAAAUGAAAAAACACAUUGUUGCAAAAACAUGGCGUAUCAAUUUGGACAAUAGGAUGAGGACCAAGUCCACGUACGUUGUUUCUCCAGUCAAAAAAGACCCAAAGCGUUCAACUUUGACCACCUUCCGAGCAACAUCUUCAAGCCCCCUACAUCUCUUCCUAGCCACAUAUAUAACCUUCCCACUCUCUUUCGUUUGCUCUACACCAAACCAAAAGCAAAAUCGAAAGAAGAAAAAACAAGCGUCUUUUUUUGGGUUUUCGGACAUGGGAUUUGAAGAUUCAGACCGGAGUUCUGUGAAGAUAAGGGAGGUUUGGUCGGAUAAUUUGGAAUCAGAGUUCGAGUUGAUCAGUCAGGUAAUUGAUGAGUACCCUUUUAUUUCUAUGGACACCGAAUUCCCCGGUCUUGUUUUCAGACCAAAAGUGGACCCUACUAAGCCUUAUCUUGGCCAACUCCGACCCUCCGAUCAUUACAAUCUCAAAUCAAACGUUGAUGCUUUGAACUUGAUCCAAGUGGGCCUCACCCUCUCCGAUUCUUCGGGUAAUCUGCCAAACCUCGGAACCCACACUCAGUUCAUCUGGGAAUUCAAUUUCCGAGACUUCGAUGUGGACCGUGACGCUCACGCCCCUGAUUCCAUCGACCUUUUGAGGAGACAAGGGAUUGAUUUUGAGAAGAAUAAGGAAAAGGGGAUUGACUCGGUACGAUUCGCCGAGUUGAUGAUGUCGUCUGGACUCGUGUGCAAUGACUCAGUGAGUUGGGUGACCUUUCACAGCGCGUAUGAUUUCGGGUACCUGGUCAAGAUCCUAACGCGCCGGAACCUGCCCGGAGGCUUAGAUGAGUUUUUGAGGAUUCUCAGGGUGUUUUUCGGAAACAGAGUUUAUGAUUUGAAGCACAUGAUGAGAUUUUGCAAUAGCUUGUAUGGUGGGUUGGACCGGGUGGCUCGGACCCUGGAUGUGAACAGGGCGGUUGGGAAAUGUCACCAAGCGGGGUCCGAUUCAUUGCUGACAUGGCACGCGUUUCAGAAAAUGAGGGACGUGUAUUUUGUAAAUGAUGGACCGGAAAAGCAUGCCGGUGUAUUGUAUGGGUUGGAAGUUUAUUAAAUCAUGUUAAUUUAAUUGAAAGAUAAUUCAAUUUAAUUAAUUCAUUGAUUAAUUAGUUUAAAAUUUUGCAAAUCACUCUGAAAUUAUUUUUAAUUAAACCAUGCCUGUCUUUGGGUUUUGGGUAGCUGACCAUGCUUGCAGAAUGGCAGCCUUAAGCUUUGAUUAAAUUUGACUUCUAAUACUCUCGUUGCCACUGGAUAAUCCAUCAGAUUAAAACUAGUAGUAUUUUACUAUUUUAUUUGAAUACGCGAGGAUUAAAAUAUUAAUAAAUUUUAUAAGAUUGGAUGAUCAAAAUAAAGCUUAAACAGUGAAGAGAUCAAAAAAAAUAUAAUUUACGUUUUUAAUAUUUAAGAUUUAUUUUUUUUCAAAUGAAAUGUAAUUAAACGUAUGAAAUGAUAUGACAAUGCUGUCAAAUAAUUUGGCAUGCUAUAUUAAUCAACCGCUAAUAAUCAUCUAUUUUUACUAAUGCUGUCUACAACAGGGAUGUUUUAGUAAUAUUCCUGUCAGGGGAGGCAUGAACGGAAGAAAUUGUCCCUAGAGAGGCUUGAUGUUAUAAUUUUAG